AUGGACCCACUUGCAUCCGUCCAGCCAGAGCCGAAUGACUCCAGGGCCCUGAUGCUCACCGCCUUCGUGGCAAACGGCGAUGAGGCCGGCGUGCGCCGCGUCAUCGAAGCCGACCCCGGGGCUGUCAACGAAGUCGGGCUGGAUGGUACGUCCCCACUCUGUGCUGCGGCUAUGUGGGGCCAUGUAAACAUCCUCCGGCUUCUUCUGGACUCGAUGGCCUCCCCGGCGCUGCAGAACGAGAACGGCCCGCAAUGGUGCGCCGAAAAGAACACGACCUUAGCACUGGCAGUGUAA